GUGAAAAACAUUGCAAGUUUAAACUCCCUGUUAUUACUUCAACUAAACGUUGUAAACGUGUAUUGAUUAAAAACAUGGAAAGGUGUCAUCAGUGCCAAUAUCAGCUGAACAAUCAUGACAUUUUGUCACAUUGUAUUGUAGUAAACAUGUUUCCAAUUUACCUAUUCAUUGUAUUAUACGUAGGCUAUUUAGCUAAUUUUGAAAUAAAUGGAGGUCCUGUAUUGACGAAAGUGUUUAGAACUAUUUGAUAAAAUGAAUGUUAAGUGCUUGUAUCAAGGAAGGCAAUUUCCAAGACCACAUCCAAACAAAUUAAAGUUCAUAUUCAUUGUGGCAACUCUUGGUUUAUUCAUUUACGUAAUGUCACCGCGAGAUUCAGUUUCCACAUUUCAGUUCAUAAACUCUAAAUAUAAAAUAUUUUCUCGAAAUCGUGAAUUACACAAUAAGGAUCUAGAUGUCUUGGAAAAGACUGUCACGACGGAGAAAGACUUUACAAGGCGAUACAUGAAUACAGACACUGGUGACAAUAGCUUUGAUGACGAUAACGCAAACAAGAACAUUGCAAAGCAUGCAUAUAAUUACAAAAUAGCUAUCAAUCAAGAGCAUAAUGAUCCAAGUGACAAAAAGAGAAAUGACAAAUCAAAAUCAGACAAAACAAAGAGGAAUGACAAAUCAACCUCAGACAAAACAAAACAAGAAAAAACAAAUAUAUCAACUAUUAAAAACAACUUCGACAAAGAAGAUAAGAAUGUGAAUAAAGAAGUGUCAAAUAGCCAUAAAUCUUUAAAUAUAUCCCAGAGUACAGUACACAAUUCGGAACAACCAAUGAAACUUGAACAAAAGCAGGUCGAUCCAUAUAGAAUCAAAUCUCUUCUUGAACUGUCCAAGGAAGACGAUUUAAACACAAGAUCAGAUUUGAAAGAACUCCAAUCGAAACAUAUCAUAUGUACUAUAAAUCGAUACAAGGGCCAUUUGGGCAAUAGAUUGUUCAUGUUUGCCUCUGGUUACGGUAUAGCAAAGGCUAACAAUAUGACAUUCAUCAUAGCCCAGAACAUUAUACUCAGGGCAUACUUUAAGCUGACCAUCCCAUUUGUGAAGCAACCAAGACCAGGGGCGUUGUUUCCUCAACAAGUCCAUGGAGGAGAUGGAAAAUUUUCUGAGAAAUUACUUCAUCUUAAGCCACAACAUACCGAGGUAAGCGGUUACCUACAGUCAUUUAAAUACUUCCAUCGUUACAAAGAUGAACUGUUCAAAGAGCUGACGUUCGUUCAAUCGACAUUGGACUACGUUAAAGAUUUCUUGUCCCCCAUCAGAAAGACGUGCCCUGGAGGUUGCACGCUGAUUGGAGUACAGAUUAGACGAGGUAAUAUUCUCACACAGCAGAAUAAAGACGACGGUCACAGAGCGGCAAAUGUAUCAUUCUUCAAUAAAGCAAUGGAUUAUUUUAGUCAUAAGUACAAAAACGUAAGGUUCGUAAUAUGUACCAAUGAUCAAGGUUGGGUUAAGCAGAACUUCAACAGUACAAAAACACACACGUUUUAUCUAUCUGGGUACAGGAACCCGGAGGACCGUGACCUGGCUGUCCUAUCCAAAUGUGACCAUACAAUUUUUGCAAGCUCCACCUAUGGGUGGUGGGGAGCUUAUCUUGCUGGAGGGGAUGUGGUGUACUACAAUGGACACCCAAAACCCGGCUCAAAGCUAGCCCGACAAUAUAACCUUAAAGACUUUUAUUUUGAUGAAUGGAUACCCAUGUCAGAUUAAUCACUCGGUUUACGAUUUUCGUGCUUCUUUUAGUGAGGGAGUCUUAAAUACAUGUAUUUUUAUUACUUCAAAAAUAGAUCGAUAAUUUGAUUUCUGAAUUUAAAAAAUAAUGUUAUAGUACUACUGAG